UUUCCCCCUUACAGUGCCAAAUUAAAGACCUGCUACGGCAAUGAAGAGACUGAAUUUGUCACUUUUACCUAAAGAAAAAUGACAGAUAGAAAUCAAACCUGUGCUACAGGACAGGAUUCUGCCCCCUAUCUGGCUUGUUUCAUUCAUAUCCUUGAAGAAUGGCUUGGUGUGGAACAAUUAGAGGACUACUUGAAUUUUGCAAAUUAUCUCUUGUGGGUUUUUACACCACUAAUACUUUUGAUACUUCCGUACUUUACAAUCUUUCUUCUCUACCUUACCAUUAUUUUCUUGCAUAUUUAUAAGAGGAAGAAAGUGUUGAAGGAAGCUUAUUCUCAUAAUUUGUGGGAUGGUGCAAGGAAAACGGUGGCGACCCUGUGGGACGGACACGCGGCAGUUUGGCAUGGUUAUGAAGUUCAUGGAAUGGAAAAAAUACCAGAAGAAGGACCAGCUCUUAUCAUAUUUUACCAUGGAGCUAUUCCCAUAGAUUUUUACUAUUUCAUGGCUAAAAUUUUUAUCCAAAAAGGCAGAACUUGCCGAGUAGUAGCUGAUCACUUUGUGUUUAAAAUUCCAGGGUUUAGUUUAUUGCUUGAUGUAUUUUGUGCUCUCCAUGGACCAAGAGAAAAAUGUGUUGAAAUUCUGAGGAGUGGUCACUUGUUAGCUAUUUCACCAGGUGGAGUUCGAGAAGCCUUAAUUAGUGAUGAAACCUACAACAUUGUCUGGGGUAAUCGUAAAGGCUUCGCUCAGGUCGCAAUUGAUGCAAAAGUGCCCAUUAUUCCUAUGUUUACACAAAAUAUACGAGAAGGAUUUAGAUCACUUGGAGGAACAAGAUUAUUUAGGUGGCUUUAUGAAAAAUUCCGCUAUCCAUUUGCUCCCAUGUAUGGAGGUUUUCCAGUGAAGUUAAGAACUUAUUUAGGUGAUCCUAUUCCAUACGAUCCAAAGGUAACAGCAGAAGAAUUAGCUGAAAAGACAAAGAAUGCUGUUCAAGCUUUGAUUGAUAAGCACCAAAGAAUACCAGGAAACAUCAUGAGUGCUUUGUUAGAACGUUUUCAUAAGCAGAACGUCAACUAGAAGAUGACUUUAUACGUUUAUAUUAAGAGGUUUGCAUCUGCUGUACUGUCUCCUAAACUUUAUAGGCCUGUGAUUAGUGUUUUGUAAGAAUCGUGUUGAAAAGCAUCUUUCUUAUAAUUUGUUUAAAAUUAUAUUGUCAAUUUUGUUUUUGCAAUCAGUUGUGGCAAAUGUAAUACGUAAUUUAUUACAUGCCUAAUAAGUAAAAAACUGAUGAUAUUUAAUUUGUAAAUUCUGAUAAUAUAUGAAAAUAGGGUCCUUAGAGUUAAGUUUUAUCACUAGGAACAGUUUAGGGGAAACACAUUCCUGAAUUAUGCAUCUAAUUUCUGUAUUUGUUUAAUGAGCUCGUUUUCAGAGAUGGGAUGAACUAGGUUAUAAUAUAGUUGCUUCAGCUAGAGAACAAAAGACUUUUGUCUCACCCUAAUUCUGUUCAUGGCCUUGGCAAAUCAUUUAAUGUUUCUGUGCCUCAAUAGUUCACUUUUUAAAAACAUGGCAAAAUUGUGGUGAGGAGCAUUAUGUUAUUUGUGUUUGCUAUGAUUGAUAACUACUGAACCAAAAUUAUUGUUCUUUAAACAAUACAAAAAUCCUUUAGUUGUAUAUAUUUUUUGUGCAUCAGAAUCAUAAAUUAUUCCUUCAGGUAUAAUGUCCAGUUGCCAAGCACAAUAUAUAAGAUGUACUGUUUUUCAAAUUGAAUAAAAAAGAAAUUAAGAAAUGUUA